ACCAACGUCCUUGGUCACCAUCUUCUCGGCAAACCGGAGGACCAAACAAACAACUCUCACUUGCUAGCAUAUCAACAAGCAGAUAUGGCUUGGUACAAGCAUCUUUGGGUCAAGGUGGCGACUUAGUUGGACCCAAUGUUCCCGGAGCAUCGACUUGCAGCCAGAGCCAGAGCUAGGGCCGGGGUAGACGAAGUUGACCGCAGGAAUCAGCCUGAUCGUGAGCAAGGCAGGAAGGAUAACACGAUACAAGAAAGAAAGCAAAAGACUCCUACCCCUCAAGAAGAAGGGAAGGGCGAGGACCAGACGCGCCACGACACUCAACAAGAUUUGCCUACUGGACUUUCUCCCUGUGUAAGACAGCAGGAGAUGGAUUCGGAUUCUUGAGGACUUGAUGCUUACCAGAAUCAGCCCGAAGAGACUAGUUCAUUGCGCUCUGUAUCCAGCGCACCUCAAAUUCCUCCUCCACCAGUCCUCCCUUCCUUGCCUACAUUUGAUGGUUUUCGUUUGCCCAGUUCUUCGCACGGCCGGAAAAAGUUUCGAUGAACGAAAAUUGCUACAUUUGGGGAGGGUAGCAUAGUGAUUUGAGACGAAGGAAUUGGAUCAAACGUAUGAAGCGUGCCAGGGUUUUGGCAUGGGUUGAUGUAGGUAUAGACUUCACUAGAAGCGUCUGGCUAAAUCUAACAUUCCUGGUUGUAACAAGCCCAACCCUUUA